AUGGCCAUGGCGGGCACAGGAAAACAGCCAGACAGUGAUGGCCCUCCCACGCCCCAGAGACCCGUGUCUUCCUUGUUGUCUCAUUUCGAGAACCUAGCUCAUCGCAGAGCUCCUUCUGCUGCUGCCGCGAGUCCGCGCGCCUCCGCAAACCAAUUCCUGACACCCGAAGCUGGCGACGAGGUGCGAUCCUCCAGUCGUGCCUCUCUCGAUUUGCCCCGGUCACAGUCGCCAUGGAACCAGACCGAUGAGAGGUCAGAGCAGCCUCAGCAAUCGAAUGACGAGAGAUCGCAGGACCGCGGAUUCGCUGGAAGACGGUAUGGUCGGCCCAUCUCUAUGAACCUGCAACGCUCGUCACCACAACUUCCGCCGACUUUGGCGGUGCAUUCGCCUCGAUCGCCGCCGCGCGGACAAGAUUGCGAUGACUUUUGGUCUCACAAUGAAACCCGCAAAGCUCGGAGUCCUGGACAUCGCUCGCGGGAAUCGUUGUCUCUGUCCCCCGCGCCUCCCCGGCCACUAUCUCCGGCGCCUUCAUUCAGAUCGUCUACUGCUGGAAGAGAUUUAAUUCCUCAGUUCUCACCUGGUUCUCUAUCCGUCAAUGGAAGUGGGAGCAUCUCGGAGCGGAAAUUGAAAAGUGCCUCGCUGCCACCCCCAGCCAACCGAGCAUCUAAGCCCAAGAUCCCUGCGAAGCCAGCCAUGUUCUCUCACCCUAACUCUUCUCAUGCGGAUACAAGCACUUUGGCUCCCCAGCCUGAGCGAGCUUCUCCCGAUCUUAGCGUAUCGCCUUUCAGCACCCCUCCGAGCAGCCCGGAGAAGCCAAUGGCCAAGCCGGUCUCUACCGGGAAAAUAACCUCCAGGCCGGCACCAGCUCGGCCAACAACAGAGCCCCCUAGCCGAAGUUCCUUUGAGGAUCGGUCACCUAUUCCAAGUUUUAAUGCAAGACAUGAUGCCAGAGAGUUAGGAUUCUCAAGGACUCGCCCUGUUCCAGAGCCCUCACGAGCAAGUAAGCCUUUGAUGGUUCAAAUUCCGUCCGCUCCGGUGCAACGUCCCAUAUCUGCUUCUCCGGCUCCACCUCUUUCAGCCCAGCGGUUACGGGCAAGCGACAGUCCUUACGAUCGUCCAGGGCUUCCUCCCCGACCUUCUGGAACUCCACGCCGAAGUGGAUUUUCACCUCCGCGAGAACCUCUUCGGCGAGAACCUUCUCAGCGCGAGCCCCUUCAGCGAGAGCCUUCUCAGCGUGUAAGGAGUCCUGCGCAAAUGACACCAAUUGCCAAAUCUGCCCCCAGUCACCCAAACCAAUUCGAAGCAUCAACUCCACGACCAGUUCAAAGACAGUCAUCCUUCCACCGUGAACCGCUUUCUUCCUCUCUCCCGGAGCGCCGUAUACCCAGAACAGACACGGAAGAAGAAGAACAACCUGAAGAAUCUGCCAUUUCACGUACCGACUAUCCUGAUGCUUCCAAUGCCAACCGCCGACCUCCGUGUCUCAAAUCUGGACCCAGGGAGAUUCACACAAAGUAUGACACCCGCUUGCUAGCUGUGUGCGGCAAGUAUGUUUGUACCACUGGGUAUCUGACUCGAGUCUGGGAUCUUACUACUGGCGAACAAGUGAUGAGCCUCAGUCAUGGUGAAACUGUCAAAAGCUUGUCGCUUGCCUUCAAGCCAGGCAAAGGACUAGAGGAUGAAGGCCAGCGCAUCUGGCUCGGAACUAGUGCUGGAGACCUUCAUGAAGUUGAUAUCCCAAGCCAAUCCAUUGUGGCAACCCGCUCAUAUCCCUCCAGGCGGGAAGUCAUCCAGAUUCUUCGACAUAAGAAAGAAAUGUGGACAUUUGAUGAUGAAGGCCGACUGCUAGUCUGGAUGCCAGACGAGACCGGCUUGCCUAAUUUACAGUACAGCUACCACAGCCCUCAUGAACGCGUAGCACGAGGCCAUACGUUCUCCAUGGUUGUCGAUGACAAGCUGUGGCUAGCGGCAGGAAAGGAUGUCCAUAUCUAUCGCCCAAGUGCUCGUGAAGAUACCUCUUUUAAGGUCUUCAAGAGACCUCUUGGUCUUCAGCACUCAGGCGAUGUGACAUCCGGCACUUAUACCACACGAGAAGGAGGUCGGGUAUAUCUGGGACAUGCAGAUGGAAAGGUCACCGUCUACUCCUCUACCGACUAUACUUGCUUGGCAGUGGUCAACGUCAGCGUUUACAAGAUCAAUUGUCUUGGAUUUGUUGGAGACUACCUUUGGGCUGCCUAUAAGACUGGCAUGAUCUAUGUAUAUGAUGUUUCGACCAACCCUUGGACGGUAAAAAAGGACUGGCGCGCCCACGAUAGCCCUGUAUCCGGAUUUGUCUUGGAUACAAGCAGUGUCUGGACGAUGAACCGCUUACAGGUCACAUCGCUAGGCACUGAUAAUUGCAUUCGUCUUUGGGACGGUAUGUUAGAGGACGAUUGGCUUGAUGCUCGUAUGCAGAAGAGAGACACAGAGUACUGUGGUUUCCGAGAAAUCAAGGCUACCGUCUUGACUUGGAACGCAGGCGCUGUAACCCCUGGCAGUGUCAAGACGUCGGAUUUCAUUCGGAAUGCCGUCACGCCGGAGGAUCCGCCAGAAAUCCUCAUCUUUGGAUUCCAAGAGUUGGUCGAUCUUGAGAAUAAGAAGAUCACAGCCAAGAGCUUGCUCCUUGGAAGCAAGAAAAAGGAGAAUGGCGAGAAAGAACAUAUGAGUCGUCAAUACCGAGUAUGGGCUGAUCAUCUUACCCGUUCUCUUCACGAAUGUAUGCCUCUCGAGGAAUCCUAUGUUCUUCUGCACACUGCAAACAUGGUGGGACUGUUUACUUGUGUCUUCGUGAAACACAAGGAACGCCAUAAUAUUAAGAACAUCAGCGCUUCGGAGAUUAAGCGAGGUAUGGGCGGACUGCAUGGAAACAAGGGUGCCCUUGUGUUCCGCUUUGUUCUGGAUGACAGCUCGAUGUGCUUUGUGAAUUGUCACUUGGCAGCUGGGCAGACCCAAACUGCACACCGCAACAACGAUAUUGCGGCAAUCCUGGAAGCAGAAUCCCUGCCUGCAGAGAGCAAUCCUAUCAUACGAACCAAUCAGUUCGCCAGUGGUGGUGACGGCUCAAUGAUUAUGGACCAUGAAAUCUGUAUCCUCAAUGGUGAUCUGAAUUACCGGAUUGACUCAAUCCCUCGCAAUGUGAUCAUUGAUGCCAUUCGCCAGAACAACCUCGCGAAACUUCUGGACCGAGACCAACUCCUGGCCUCCCGACGAAAGAACCCCGGAUUCCGACUUCGCAGCUUCACCGAGUGUCCCAUUACCUUUGCGCCGACUUACAAAUACGACGUCGGCACGGACGAGUACGACACCAGCGAAAAGAAACGCUCGCCCGCCUGGUGCGAUCGCGUUCUUUACCGGGGCCUUGGCCGCGUCAAGCAACUCGACUACCGCAGGCACGAGGUCCGAGCCUCCGACCACCGGCCGGUCAGUGCCGCGUUCAUGAUUCGCGUCAAGACAGUCAAGCCUCAGGAACGGGCCACGACCUGGGAGCUUUGCAAUCAGGAAUUCCAGGACGAGAAGCGUCGCCUGGCCUCGGAGGCUAGCAUCGAGUAUCUCAUUACUGUCCUCGGCACUGAUGCCCGCGAGGCUCGCGCUUUGAUCUUGGGCUCCUAG